AUAGUCCUGAGAAGGACUGUUUUUGUUGUUGUUGACUGACGUUUCGACAACUUUAGCGGUAGUAAUCUUCAGAGUGAAAUGAGGAGUAAACUUCAGAAAAAUGAGCAAACGUAUUCAUACAACUGCAUCAUCAAGAUUGAAGCAAGAUUAUAUGAGAAUUAAGAAGGAUCCUGUACCUUACAUUACCGCUUCACCUCUUCCUACCAAUAUUCUAGAAUGGCAUUAUUGUGUCAGGGGACCAGAAAAUACUCCGUACGAAGACGGUUUUUAUCACGGGAAACUUGUUUUUCCAAAAGAAUUUCCAUUUCGUCCUCCUAAGAUAUUAAUGAUUACUCCAAACGGUCGAUUCAAAACUAACACAAGGUUAUGUUUGUCAAUCAGUGAUUUCCAUCCUGACACAUGGAAUCCAGCCUGGUCAGUGUCUACUAUUCUUACUGGAUUGCUUAGUUUUAUGGUUGAGACAUCUCCUACCUUAGGGAGUAUAGAAACACAAGAUUAUGUGAAAAGACAAUUGGCAUCAAAGAGCGGUGCUUUCAAUUUAAAAAAUGAAUUGUUUCGUGAAUUAUUUCCAGAAAUAUGUGAGGAGAUUGAAACAAAAUUAAAUGAAAGAGAGAACGAAAAUAUCAAAACACCACCAAUUGUAGAAGCAACUUCAAGUAAUCAAAAUGAAGGCAUUAUGGGCACUUCUGUAGCAAAUCUAGUUGUAAUUAUUGGAUUUGCUGCAUUUGCAUACACUGUCAAAUGUGUCAUAUGUGGUGUUGGAAAUAGUUAAAUUACUAGAAUAUUGUAAAUAUUUAUGAAUUGAUUCCAAUAUUUUUGCAAUCAUGAAGGGUAUGUGGGUGUUUGGAUACAGAUUAGAAUUUAUCAGCAACCACAGAAUUUAUAUCAGAAUUUAUCUGCAAAGAAGCUUUCUUAGUCUGUACCAAGAUGUUGCAUGUUACCAAAGAAGGACAAAGAAAAAAUGAUAUACAUCUUAUUUAUUACUGUGUGCAAACAAAUCAUCAUGAAGGAUGGAAAUGAUGUAAAUAGACCAGUUGUUGAGUUUGUAAAUCUUCUCUACAUAGAGGGCAUUGUGGCUAAAUGAAGUUGAAAAAAACAUCAAUAUCAACAUCAAAAAAAAUAAAUGAAGAAAAUUGAA